GAAAUAAUAUACAAAGUCUUGGUCCUCUUCUCAUCGACUUUAAAAUCUCUUUCUCCCAUUACAAACCAAAACCAUUAGAAGAUUUCGAAAAAGAAAAAAAAACACCUCCACAAACAAAACAAUGGCGGUGAAGAAGAAAUCAUCUUGGAGAUCAUUGAUGGUUUUGUGUUUCCAAGAUCCAGACAACAUAUAUUCUCCCAAGAAGACAAAGAAAGAUGAUGGUGAACGUGUGAUUACCAAACAGAAAUCGUUUCUUGGAUUGUCGAUUCUAGACAUAAGUAAUCCAAGUUCCACUACCUUGUCCGAAGAUCUCUCAAUCUCCCUCGCCGGCUCGGAUCUCCACGUGUUCACACAAGCAGAGCUUAGAGUCAUAACACAAAGCUUCUCUUCUAGCAACUUUCUUGGUGAAGGAGGGUUUGGUCCGGUUCAUAAAGGGUUCAUCGAUGACAAGCUCCGUCCUGGUCUUAAGGCUCAGCCCGUUGCCGUUAAACUUCUUGAUCUUGAUGGUCUUCAAGGUCACCGUGAGUUUAUGACGGAGGUUAUGUGUUUGGGAAAACUAAAGCAUCCGAAUCUGGUGAAGCUGAUCGGAUAUUGCUGCGAGGAAGCACAUAGACUUCUUGUUUAUGAGUUCAUGCCUCGUGGAAGUUUGGAGUCUCAACUCUUCAGAAGGUGCUCCCUACCGCUGCCAUGGACAACGAGGUUGAACAUCGCUUAUGAAGCUGCAAAGGGUCUACAGUUUCUACAUGAAGCCGAGAAGCCCAUCAUCUAUCGCGAUUUCAAGGCCUCUAAUAUCUUGUUAGAUUCUGAUUAUACAGCGAAACUCUCGGACUUCGGGCUAGCAAAAGACGGACCACAAGGCGAUGAUACACAUGUGUCGACUCGCGUGAUGGGCACACAAGGGUACGCGGCGCCAGAGUACAUAAUGACAGGUCAUUUAACGGCUAAGAGUGAUGUGUACAGCUUUGGAGUGGUGUUGCUUGAGCUGUUGACAGGUCGGAAAUCGGUGGACAUAGCGAGAUCAUCAAGAAAAGAAACCCUCGUUGAGUGGGCUCGUCCAAUGCUCAACGACGCACGUAAACUCGGGAGAAUAAUGGACCCGAGGCUUGAAGAUCAGUACUCAGAGACCGGAGCACGAAAGGCAGCAACUCUAGCUUAUCAAUGCCUAAGGUACCGACCAAAGACAAGGCCAGACAUUAGCACUGUUGUCUCCGUUCUCCAAGACAUCAAAGAUUACAAAGAUGAUAUUCCCAUUGGGAUAUUCACUUACACCGUUCCUACCAAGCCACGCCGGGAAGUUAAAGAGACAAGUCUUCAAAACUUUGACAAGCCACGCCGUGAAACUAAAGUGACAAGUCUUCAAAACUUCGACAAAACACGCCGUGAAGUUAAAGAUACAAGUCUUCAAAACUUCGACAAAACACGCCGUGAAGUUAAAGAGACAAGUCUUCAAAACUUCGACAAAACACGCCGUGAAGUUAAAGAGACAAGUCUUCAAAACUUCGACAAGCCUCGCAACGUUUCCACGACUGAUAACCAUCAAAAGUUCCGGUCGCCCGCACACACGGCAAGAAACCACCGGAUAACUUUGAGAAACGGAUAUAAUUCACCAAUGCGUAACGAGGCCGGAGGGGAACGGUACUGACUACUGAGUUCUCUUCUAUCCUCAAUUCGUAAUCUUUUCAUUUUUUUUACAUAAGAUGUAAAUAGUAAUACAUUCUUACCACCAAAAAAACAAAAAAAAUCUAGUUUAGGUUUUGCUUUCUAUACCUAGAAUAGGUUUUGGUUAGAGGUAAAGUUGAUUUUUUUUUCCUUGUUUGAUUCUUCAAUCAAAGAAAGCAAAAGUGUUAAACAUAUUGUUGUUUUUCUAAUCAAGUUGUAAUAACUUUUGGUCCUAAAG